AUGUCGCCUCACCACAGCGUCUCUUCCACCGCCUUCUUCUCCGCCUUGACUCGGCGACUCGCCGGGCGCCAGCUGGUGGCUCAGGUAGCCACGGUGCGCCGGGUCGCGGUAGUACUCAAUGUCCCUACGGCUCGUCGGGUCCGGCAGCCGGUAUCUGAACGGCGCCUUGCGCGCCGCCUCCAGCACGCCCUCCACGUGCUCCUUGCCCACGGGCAGCGGCCGGUCCGUGUUGACCGACUCGCCCGUCAGCAGCCGCCGGAUGGCCAGCUUGGUGUAGUAUCGCGUCACCACCUUGCCGCCCGCGGCCUCGAUGGCGGCGAUGGCCCCCUCCGACACGCGCGACACCAUCACGUCGAUAGGCUGCUUCAGGCACUCGGAGCCGCGGGACAGGAUCUUGACGCCGUCCUUGACGCUGCCGACCAGCUUGCUCUCGAUGAGCUCCUUGGGUGUGAUUUGCUUCGUCGGGUCGAGUCUGCCCUGGUUGAUCCAGUCCUGGAUCUUGUCGAGGUUCACUUCGGCCAGUUUCGGUUUCGUGAACCCCAUGGUGCCGUGCUUCACCACCAGCGGCGUCUGGCCGCCCUGGAACCACGGAUUCACCUUGCCGUGCUGCCUCUGGCCCUUGUGACCCCGACCCGAUGUCUUGCCAUGACCGGACGAGGGGCCGCGGCCCACGCGCUUCUUGGGGUGCUUGGCGCCCUUGUUGUUGGUGAGGCUGCCGAGGAUCGAGGCGUGCCGCGUCUGCUGCAGCGUCAUGCCCGCGAGGCACGCCGUCAGGGAGGUCAUGGGAGAACCCGCGGUGGCCCUGCAGCACGCGGCCGUGCUGGGCGGUAG